AUGGCCUCUGCAGAAGAGAGCCCUUUACUGGUGCCCACCACGCAUGAAGUUAUUUAUAACAGAUUCGCGCCAGAUCAAAAGAGGUGGAUUGUGUUUCACGUGUCUUUUGCAGGUUUGUUGGCUAUGUUUGUCCAAGUGACGUUCGUGCCUUCCAUCCCUCAGAUAGCUAAAGAUCUCGACUCAACACAUGCUGACGUUAGCUUGGCUUUGAGCCUAUCGGUCUUUGCUAAUGCCAUCGGAGCGUUAUGUUGGUCUGCUUAUUCGUCUUUCUACGGACGCCGAUCGAUAUAUCUGUGGGGAAUGCCGUUUCUAUGUGUUGGGAGCUGUGGUGUUGCGUUGUCGACUUCGUUGCAGAGUCUGUUAUUCUGGCGAUUCGUGCAGAUGUUUGGAUGCGCUGGGGCGUUGUCGUUGGGGUCAGGUGUAAUUGGCGACAUUUAUAAACUGGAGGAAAGGGGGACCGCUAUUGGGAUAUUCUUUAGUAUGCUUUUCAUAUAUCUUUCGUUUCCUGAGACGAGUCAUCCCGGCACAUUGGGUAUUGAUAAAUUGCCGUCCAGGAGACGGAUUCAUAUCAAAUGGAUUAAUCCUCUCAGCAGUCUUUGGUUGCUUCGCAGUCCAAACCUAUUUGCGGUUUACAUUCUCACAUCAAACCAUGUAGUUCUCCUCGUACCGAUAGCGAAUACUAUUGGCGUCCGGUAUGGAAUCACAAACGAUGCCAUCAUCGGGGCAUUUUUCCUCCCAAACGGACUGGGAUGCUUCGGCGGAACUCUGGUUGGUGGCCGCCUGUCGGACAUUGUAGUCAGAAGAUGGCGGGAGAAGCGCAGAGGAGCGUAUUGUCCCGAAGACCGCUUGAGAGCGACCUGGAUUGGAGGGCUGCUCAUUGUCCCAUUGUCUAUUGGGGCAUCGGGGCUGAUCACGACGUAUAUUGGGGGCCCGAUUGGCCUUGCGCUGAAUAUAUUAUGCCUCUAUGCGAAUGGAGUGGGGGUCGAGUUAGUGUUGAAUCCUGUUAAUUCUUAUAAUGUGGACAUAGGGCAUUCUCGAAGCGCAGAGGCCACAGCUGCUUGCAUGGCGGGCUGGUCGCUCAUUAUGUCUUUCGCGAUUGCUCUUAUCAUUCCAACGAUCGAGUGCAUAGGUGUUGCGUGGAUGGACAUCAUUGCGGCUGUCCUUGCAGUCAUUGGACAAGGGAUCAUUUUCUUGACGAUUCGUUAUGGUGAUGGCAUGAGGGCGAGUAUAGAUGUUGGUUUCUCGACCGUGGAGAAUAAUUAA